AACAACGGAAAAGACGAUAGUCUCGUCAGUCUGCUGUUCGGUCGGUUGUGUUCGUGGUUCUACUCCGUUCGGGCCAGACGUGUGUUUUAUUUCGUUUCCCGUUCUCCGCGGAUUGGCUUGAAGAUAAAUUUAUUCAAUAAUAGGGUGUUGUUGGAUCUCUAUUAUCGUUAUCUCAUUGGCAUCAUUGUUCAGCAACAAGGAAAUUACGGUAAACAGGAUGUGAUGUGAUUGGAAAUCAUUUGCGUGGAUACGUGCGUGGGUGGGUUUGCUAAAGAUUUUGCAUCUUGUGAAACCGAGUAACAGAAUCCAUCAUCGUAAACCAUUGGCCGAGAGAAGUGUAUGGUGGUGCCAUCUCAAUAGUUUAGAAAAAUUCUCUAUAUAAAAUCGGUAUUGGAAAGAAGUGGGGAAGCCCUUGAGAAGUCAUAUCAGCUAUAAUCUAGCUUCCAGUGAAUGAAAUGAGCAAAGCUACAUACUUAGUAUGAAACUGCUGUUGGUGUGCAGUGAAUAAUAAUAGCCGCAACUGAAGGCAUUAAAAAGUGAUACACAAGAGCAGAAGCACAAGCAAGAUUUCUGCUCUAAGAGCUUUCGAUGGAAAUAAAAUAAACGGAAAAAGGAAGCUGCAAAGUCCGGUUUUUAUGUUAUACUUCGUUGUGUGCUGAGUGUGGCGCUAUCGAUCAUAAUAAAUCGCAGCGAAAAGAGAAUCAAGGUGCUACCAGUGAAGGGGUUGCAGACUGAGACCGAGAAAACGACCGUCCCAGGAAUAACGAAAGAUAAUUUAUACACGCCGUAAAAAAUGUCCGACCCGGACACCCUCUGGCUGGAGGAACUGCUGGUGGACGUCCAGCUGGAGCAGUUCCUGCCACGGAUACGAGACGAACUGCAAAUAACCCGACUGGCACACUUCGACUAUGUCCACGUGGACGAUCUGGAAAAGAUCGGACUGGGCAAACCCGGCAUCCGGCGCUUGAUGGAAGCGGUGAAAAAACGUAAAGCGCAACAGUGGCGACGGAACAUCCUCUCGAAACUGAUCGGUGGAGGAAAGCAGCAACCUCAGAAAAAGACUGCCGUUGCAAGGGAGUCCGAAGAGCCAUCGGCUCUAGCGUUGACUUGUUUGAUCCACGAAAAAGAUGUAACCAUGUCAAUUAAAUUAGGGGACGGAUCAUUUGGAGUUGUUCGACGAGGCGAAUGGAACGCCCCUGGCGGGCAGAUCGUUCCGGUGGCUGUGAAGAUUUUGAAAGCUGACACUCUGGCACAACCCGGUGUGAUAGAAGAUUUUUUCAAGGAGGUUCAAGCGAUGCAUGCCUUGAAUCAUCCGAAUUUAGUUAGAUUGCAUGGUGUGGUGCUAUCGCAGCCAAUGAUGAUGGUCACUGAACUGGCAUCAAAUGGUUCCCUCCUGGAUACACUGCGUAAGCAGUGUAAGAAUACAUCGCUGACGACCAUUUGGAACUGGUCCGUUCAGGUUGCCACCGGGAUGGCGUAUUUGGAGAGUAAGAGAUUUUUGCACAGGGAUUUGGCUUGUAGAAACGUGUUAUUGGCAUCGGGGAAUAAAAUUAAGAUCGGAGAUUUCGGGUUGAUGCGAGCGCUUCCACAGCAGGAGGAUUGUUACGUGAUGACCGAGCAUAAGAAAGUUCCCUUUCCUUGGUGCGCUCCGGAGUCGUUGCGGUACCGGCAGUUCAGUCAUGCAUCCGAUACUUGGAUGUUCGCGGUGACGCUGUGGGAGAUGUUCACUUUCGGGGAAGACCCCUGGGUAGGGCUGAAUGGAUCGCAGAUACUGCGAAAGAUUGAUCGCGAGGGCGAGCGGUUGCAUCAUCCAGAUGCAUGUCCACCGGAUGUGUACCAGCUGAUGUUACAGUGUUGGGAUAAAACACCGGCGGAGCGACCGACGUUUGCUGCUAUUAAGGAGUUCCUAUCUGGCACGAGUCCUUCGAUAUAUCGGGCAGUGAUGAAUUACAAGGCUGAAAGUCGAUUGACUGUGGAACAAGGCGAUUCCAUAUGUGUAAUCGAUGAUCGGCCAGAGUUGCAGUUCGUGAAAGGUCAAAAUCAGCGCACUUUUGAAAUUGGAAUCUUUCCUCGGAAUGUAGCCAUUGAUUCGUCCAAGCACCGUGGUGGAUCGGGAACCAUCAGUCGUCCGCUACAUGACUCAUUCCGUCACACAGCCCAUGGGGCUGCCUUUGGGGCAUGCUGGGGUAACCCCAGCACGCUUGAAAUGAACGAAGAAGUGAAACUGCGAGGCAAGAAUAACACCUUGAAUACUGAUCGUCGAGGAAAAUGUAUCUCAGAGCAGUACGCCAAGGAACGUAAAAGCAACGCCCAGAAACAGUUUUCCUACAACAAACUUGUCAACGAAAAUCAUCACAAACUCAACCAGCAGAAGCAACAACAAUUGGUUAAGGAUAGCAAAAAUCGGCCCUUGCGGCCCCCUCAACCGCACAAUCUUCCUCAAGGAUCAGCCGAAGGUGUUCUUAUUGACCUAUCAUCGCCGGGCGAUGACUCUGGUUCUGUCGCUAGUCCACCGGUUUCGAUGGGAUCACACAACCGCCAGUUUACUAGCAUUUUGGAUGAACCUAUCGAUGUACCGACGGAGGGUGAUCAACAGCAAGAUCUAAACCACCAUACUCAACAUCAUCACGUGGUCGGUCAAGUGCUCGACGAAGAACAUCCUAUCCGGCUGCAACCCCCACCGUAUCAAAUGCCUCCAAAGUAUACCAAUACUAUGACAUUGGAUGGAGUAAGCCCUGAGCCGGAUCCAUUCGACACAAGAUCAGCAUUUACCAUGGAAAGUCCAUCCAAUCAAAUCGUACCCAACGUAACAUCGGAUUACGAGAGUGGUCCCUCCAGUAUCGUAAGCGCUAGGGAUUUGAUGUCUUCCAUCAAGAGGCAACAAACUUUGGAGGGUGCAGAUCAUAACAUACCGUCGACAUCCGCUGCCGUCUAUGGCAAUGUGAAUAGAGGAGCUAUAUCGAAGAUUGAUUCAAAUUACGGCAAAGUUACUGAUUUAGAACAACUGUCCAGUUCUAUGAUUGCCAACAUGAAUUCCUCUGGGCCAAACACAUCCGGAAGUUCGUAUGGAAGUGCUCAAGGAUUAAGCGAUUCUCUAGAUGUUAACUUGAGUAGCCUUACAUUGGACAGCACCGAUCCAAGUGUGUUAAAUUUGACUCCUAAAAAGCUUGAUAAAGCUUUUCUAGCAGAAUUAGAAAAGGAUAUCUACAAAAAUGAUACUAACAGCGUGAACCAUUCACAAGCUUACGUUGCCAAAUCGAACUCUAAGGAUGGAUCAGUGAAUCACAUAACCAACCUGAUGAGUUCGUUCUCCAAGUACGAAAGCAGCGCUUCUAUUUACGCCAACAGCGGAAACGACAUGGGCGCCGGUGCAAGCAAGAACUUGAACGCAAACUUGUAUCAAAUUUAUGCGAACAACUCAGCCGUCGCCGCAUCCGAAAGCUUCCAACGAAGAAACUACGAAAGCACGCAAAGCAUGCUCUCACCGAAGAAACAAAAUAACGAGCAGUCAGCUGACACCACCAGCGUGGUAACUCAAAUGUGGAUGGAACGCAAUGGUGCCACCUCGUUAAGCAACACUGAACUUACUUAUGGAAAUCUACCCGCUCAGUCUACCCAGAAAACUCAUAAUUUCGUGGCGGUUUCCAACCGGCCCCUGUCACGAAUCCAGAACGACACCCGAUUAUAUGGCUCCAGUCCGAAUGUCAAUUCUAUCAACCUAAUUGCUCAACAGCUACAACAGCAGUCCUCCGCUGUUCCUCAACCAGCUCCAGUGCCGACUGUUUACAAUAGUGCAUUCAAUGGCAACGACGUUUAUUCGACUAUUGGAAGCGAUAUCUACGACAUAGUUGCAGCCACUCCUGCAUCUUACUACGAACGGGUGCCUCCUCAACAGCAACAACAUCAUCAGCAACAGAUCUACAACAACGUCAGUCAAUUGCAGCAGCAACAACCUGCGAUUUACGAUGAGGUAUCCUGCGAUGAUCUACUGAAGCCGAUCCGGGCAGCCCCGGCGGCACCGCUGUCCGCUCAACAGAUCCAGAGGCGACUGGGUCGGUUAGCUCAACAGGAGCAACAGGUGGCGGCUUUGAUGGCCGAACUGGGUGAGGAAGGUAAUGAGCAGGAAGCUAGGGACGCACUGACGGCCGUUAACUGGGAUCACACGUUGGCGGUGCGGCACUUCAAGAUUGAACAGCUGUGUCGACUCGGUGUGGCCAAUCGAACCAAAUGCGAGGAAGCGCUGCUGAAAACCGGCUGGAGUGUGCAACUGGCUGCAUCCAUACUGCUGGAAGCUUAAUCACUUCCGCCUGCCUGACAGUCAAUCGAUGUUUUAUGGCUUUGGGUUUUCGGCGUAAUUUCGUUUCGAAGGUAAGAACCGUUUCUAAGUUUUACACAACGAACAAGCAACCGUUGAGUAUUAAAAUUAGCACCAUUUACCAUUUGGCAAAUCUGUAGAUAUUUGUUGAUAGUAUUCCAUAGUUUGAAUAAUUUGAUCAAAUUAAUGUACAAAUAAUUUUUAACUCAAGAACGUGACGUAAUCUCCCCAAUGCAAUGUAAUAAGUCUCGAAUAAUUUUAUGUAUCACAUAAGCGUUAAUUUCUGAAUUCCUCCAGUGAAACCGUUUUCAUAAUCUCCCGCAUGAAUUCAUUAUUAAGCGAAUCGAAUGCUCUCUUUUACAAACCUCUUAUUAAUUAAACAUAUAUUAGUAAGAAUGCACAUAACGAAAACUAUUAAAUGAUAAGCCGAUUCGUGCCGCAUCAAAAGCGGCAUUGAGAUAUUUAUUACUCUCAAAAAACGGAACGAAACCAUUUUUCUCAUCAAUCAUCAUAGCCUGUGGGAAUGAAAACUUGAAGAUUUUAGCCGGAAAAUAAAUUAGGUGUCUAGUGAGUACCAGCCACCGAAAUAACGAUACUGGGAAGCACAAUUGUCUUUGACGGCGCGAUUUGAUGAAAAUUAGAUAGGUCUGCUACUUGAUUUGCGAUGUGCAUUGCUGCUGGACUAAUGAAAUUGUUGUUGAAUACACGCUAUGUUAUUUCGCUUCAGAAGCGCCUGCAAAGCGAUAGAACAGUUAGAACUAAAAGCAGAUUAGCUAAAACGUAACGAGGGCAAGUGGUGUGCUGUGGAGGGGCCCACUUGAAAAAAAAAGAUUAAACCUACUUUUGUUGAAUUGAAUGAUGAACAAGGGUGGUAGCCGUCUUCAAACAGCAUUCGAAGAAAGAACGAUUAGUGGAUUUAGAUAUACCAAAUGAAGUGAUCGAAAUCUAAUUAUAACGGUUAAUUAGCGGAAUCAGAUCUGAUGCAGAGCCGGUAGAUCCAAAAUAGUCUAUUUACAUGUUAUAUGAGAAUGCUCCGUAAUGGAACAAUAUACAUAUAUUUUAUAACAGAGAAAA